GCGUGAGGACCCGUUUGCCUAGAGGGGGCUCGCUGAAUCUCAUGGGGCGGAUUGUUGCAAAGUAACCCUGUGAUGGGGCACCGGACCUUCGGCUAAAUUCAUUUUCUUUUUCGGGCGUCAGCACAGUAGACGGUAAAGGGUCCGGACCUUGAGCGCGUAGAGUCCGGCAUGUCCGAGAGGAAGAGAGCUGAACGCGGCAGCUUCGAGGCUUCAUCUGUCACCUCCUGUGGACCAGAUGGUGCCGAAAAAAUGACUCGGGCUCUCUCCAUCCUCGCUUACCUUUUCUCUCUGGUUCACUGCAGCAGCAGUGCUGACUCAGAGGAGCGGCUCAUGAACUGGUUGCUGGGAAAGGAUCGCUACAAUCCGCUCAUCCGGCCGGCUGUCAACAGGACAGAGAGAGUUACAGUGAAGAUCCAAGUGUCUCUGGCACAGCUCAUCAGUGUGAAUGAAAGAGAACAGAUCAUGACCACAAAUGUCUGGCUCACUCAGCACUGGGUGGAUUACAGGUUAUCAUGGGACCCUGCGCAGUACGAAGGUAUCGACAAGUUGCGUAUUCCAUCCAGACACAUCUGGCUCCCAGAUAUCGUUCUGUACAACAACGCUGAUGGUACAUAUGAGGUAACAGUCUUCACCAAUGCCAUUGUUCUUUCCAACGGCAGCAUCAACUGGCUUCCUCCAGCCAUCUACAAAAGUGCAUGUAAGAUUGAGGUCAAGCAUUUUCCCUUUGACCAGCAAAACUGCACCCUCAAGUUCCGCUCUUGGACGUAUGACCACACUGAGAUCGACCUGAUUUUGAAGUCUGAUGUGGCUAGUAUGGAUGAUUUCACUCCCAGUGGGGAGUGGGAUAUCUUGGCACUGCCAGGCAGACGGACUGUCAGCCCUCUGGAUCCAACAUAUGUGGAUCUCACCUAUGACUUUAUCAUCAAGAGGAAGCCCCUUUUCUAUACCAUAAACCUCAUUAUUCCUUGUGUUUUGAUCACCUCUCUGGCCAUCCUGGUCUUUUACUUGCCUUCAGACUGUGGAGAGAAGAUGACCCUCUGCAUCUCUGUCCUCUUGGCUCUCACUGUGUUCCUGCUUUUAAUCUCCAAGAUUGUUCCUCCAACCUCACUGGAUGUGCCUCUGAUUGGCAAGUACCUAAUGUUCACCAUGGUGCUGGUGACCUUCUCCAUCAUCACCAGUGUGUGUGUGCUCAACGUGCACCACCGCUCUCCCAGCACCCACACCAUGCCUUCCUGGGUCAAGCUGAUAUUUCUCAUCAAACUGCCUGCCUUACUCUUCAUGAGACGCCCUCAACAUAAUUCUGCACGCCAGCGACUUCGCCAAGAGCGGUGCCUACGGGCGAGGAGAGCCAUUUUCGGUUUGGGUUACCCAGUUGCAUCCAAAACAGGUAUCACCAUUUCGUCUUCUGCCCUGCUGUCCUCUGACUCUGCCUUCUCCACCCCAGGACACACUAAUGUAGCUCCUUCAGUGGGCUACAGCCAGUCCAACAGGAAGGAGGACUUGCGUUCCACGGAUCACCUUUCCACUGGUUUCACUUCCACCCAGGACCUCCAGCAGAGAAGCAACUCAGAUUGGACUGCUGAUGUCAAGGAGGCGGUGAAAGGGGUCCGCUUUGUUGCUGAUCACAUGAUGGGAGAUGAUGAUGAUCAGAGUGUGAUAGAGGACUGGAAGUAUGUGGCCAUGGUGGUGGAUCGUAUGUUCCUGUGGAUCUUUGUCAUAGUGUGUGUGGUGGGCACCCUGGGCCUUUUUCUCCAGCCUCUCUUCCAGAGUCAGAUUAUUCCCUACCAGCAGCCCAGCUCAGAGAUUCCUCACAUAUGAUGAACGAGAGAGACUGAGCAACUUUAGAGUCUUCAUAAGCAAUUGAGCUGUUAGGAUAAACGUAGUUAUAAGGGGACGUAGACCGGUUAUUUUUCAGUUUUGAAGUCUUCUUAGUAUUUGCUUGUAGUACCGUAUUGGCAGGGACCAGAAGCACUGAUAUAAAACCCUCUGUGCCAAAUCCCAUCAAUAAGGCACCUAACUGGGUUGCAGGCAAAUAAAUACUUGGAAACACUUAAUGUGUACAUCAGUGGAACCGAGAGGAACUUUGUGUGAGAGAAAUAUGUAUAAAAUGUCUCAUAACAAUCAAAACCACAUGACCUAAAGCAAUACAACCGUCCACAGCUCAGUGCUUUGAGAAGCAUUUACAUGUGCAAGGGACCUAUUGCGGAAUUAUUACACUGAGGUAAUUUCCCUUCAGAUCUACAAAGGACUGCUCCUGAACUGGACUGAAUGUAGCCUCUGCUGCACUCAAGUAUGCAAGCAUAAUAUGUGUUGAACCGUUGCAGGAAUUUAACUAAUAUGACAGAGAUGUGAGUGUUAGUGACAUUUGUCUGCUGUCAGAUGUUGCUUAACUCCUUAUUUGUGUGAAGUUGUAUUACCAUUUCAUUGAAAUGUGAUGUGUGAUCAAAGAAUGAAUAAUAAAGAUAAAUCAGUGUCCGCUUUCAGUUUGAUU